AUAUGAUGUAUAAGUACCUUCCUUUCGCAGAGAGCUAAAAAACUAUAGAUUUUGAUCCUUAGAUAGUCUUCAAAUACGUAUUUCCAUAAUUUCAUUCAACUUUUUUCUUGGUAGUUUAACAUUGCCGACUGCUAUAAAUCUAGGAAGCAUAAUGUUGAGGUUCACAGCGUCUGCUUUUGGAACACCUAAUGAUGUCUUCCUUUGCUGCAGUGAGACCUUCACUUUUUAUUGUUGUGAAGACUUUCAUUUUGUCAUAGUGGGAAAAAAAGGCAAAAUAGAAUAAGACAAAUGAUUUUCAAACUUAACAACUGUGGAACUCUUCAAGGGAGAUCUUUCCUGGCAGCCCAUUGUUUUCUGAUUGACAACUUCUCUGGUGAAAAAAAGGCCACAAAUGAGUACAACACUACAGAAGAUUGGAGUCUUAUUAUGGACAUAUGUGACAAAGUUGGAAGCACUCCUAAUGGAGCAAAAGAUUGCCUAAAAGCCAUAAUGAAAAGGGUAAAUCAUAAGGUUCCUCAUGUUGCUCUGCAGGCGUUAACUCUUCUUGGGGCUUGUGUGGCAAACUGUGGAAAGAUAUUUCAUUUAGAAGUAUGUUCCCGUGAUUUUGCAACAGAAGUACGUGCUGUGAUAAAAAAUAAGGCUCAUCCUAAAGUAUGUGAAAAACUGAAAUCUUUAAUGGUGGAGUGGUCAGAAGAAUUUCAGAAGGACCCACAGUUUAGUCUGAUAUCUGCAACUAUUAAAUCUAUGAAAGAAGAAGGAAUUACUUUUCCUUCAGCAGGUUCUCAGACCGUCUCAGUUGCUGCCAAGAAUGGUACGUCAUUGAACAAAAACAAAGAAGAUGAGGAUAUAGCUAAAGCUAUUGAAUUAUCAUUGCAAGAGCAGAAGCAGCAGCACACAGAGACAAAAUCUUUAUAUCCAUCUGCAGAAAUUCCAUCAAAUAAUAAAGUUGCAAGGAAAGUGAGAGCUUUAUAUGAUUUUGAAGCUGUGGAGGACAAUGAACUCACCUUUAAACAUGGUGAAAUUAUUAUUGUUUUGGAUGACAGUGAUGCCAAUUGGUGGAAAGGAGAAAAUCACAGAGGAAUAGGACUCUUCCCAUCUAAUUUUGUAACAACUAAUUUAAACAUAGAACCUGAGGCAGCAGCUGUGGACAAAUUGAAUGUAAUUGAUGAUGAAGAGGAGGAAAUUAAGAAAUCAGAGCCUGAGCCUGUUUAUAUAGAUGAGGAUAAGAUGGAUAGAGCCCUGCAAGUAUUGCAGAGUAUAGAUCCAACAGAUUCAAAACCAGACUCCCAAGACCUCUUGGACUUAGAAGAUAUCUGCCAACGGAUGGGUCCAAUGAUAGAUGAAAAACUUGAAGAGAUUGAUAGGAAGCAUUCAGAAUUGUCUGAAUUGAAUGUAAAAGUCUUGGAAGCUCUGGAACUAUAUAACAAGUUGAUGAAUGAAGCACCAGUAUAUUCAGUCUAUUCAAAGAUCCAUCAUCCAGCACAUUACCCACCUUCAUCAGCUGGAGUUCCAAUGCAGACAUAUCCAGUUCAACCACAUGGUGCAAACUAUAUGGGUCAAAGUAUUCACCAAGUCACUGUUGCCCAAAGCUACAGCCUAGGACCAGAUCAAAUCGGUCCACUGAGAUCGCUGCCUCCAAAUGUGAAUUCCUCAGUGACAACACAGCCUGCUCCAACUCCGUAUUUAAGUGCUGGACAAGACACUGUUUCCAAUCCUACUUACAUGAAUCAGAACUCUCACCUUCAAUCAGCUACUGGUGCAGCUGCUUACACGCAGCAAAUGGGGAUGUCUGUGGAUCUGUCAUCUCACCAGAGCACUACUUCCAGUUUGCCGCGGUCGGCAGGCUUUGCAGUGGCAGCUCCAGCUCAUUCAGUUUCACAGCAGCAAACAGAUUACCCUCAGCAGCAGCCUCUCCUUUAAAAACAAACCAAGCAAAAAAAAAAACAAAAAAACAAACAAAAAAAAACAAACCAAGCAUUUUCUUGAAAGCCUUCCUAAGUGUACUACUUGACCCUUGUGAUUGUAAUCUGAAAAUAUUAAAAGAAGAAAAAAAAUUUUUCUCAGCUCAAAAGGCCCAUGAAUAAAGCUCAGAAACGUAUUUUACUCUAACAGGCCAUAAAAGGUUUUUUCAGUCCCAACUUGUUUGAGGUCAAAUUUUUGAUGAGAGGCAGCUUCAGGUUCCUUCCAGUUAGUUUUUUCUUACUUUCAAAUCUCUCUACACAAAUCUGGACAACCAGUAAGUAGCCUUAUGACACUAAACAACAUGACAUAGGAGCGUAUAAAGAAACCACCAUUUACCCCUAAAAUAUGGUAAUUGGGAGAGCACUGAAACGUUUAAGUAUUUUUUGUCUGCAUAUUUUUUUUUCAGAGUUUCCCACCCAUCAUUAUUUUAAAAGGCAAACAUGUUUUUGUGUACGCUAGCUUCCCUACAUAUUUCCUUUGGCUUCUUAAAUUGUAGUUGUGUUUGCAGUACUGUCAGUUUUGCUCUCAGUGGUGUGUUGAGUAGUAAUUAGCAUAUAAUUGUCUACAGAAGCAAGAGCACUUUGGGAGGAACAAAAAUGUUUUCUGUUAUUAUCAGUGAAGACCAUGUAAAUGCAGUUGUGUGAUAAAGCAUUUAGCCAGUCCCCCAGUCAUGCCAACAAGUGGGCUGAGGAAUGCCCCACAAAACAUUUCCAUUCCCUGGAAAAAAACGAUUUCUUUUCCUACAGGCUUCCUUGGCAUUUAGAAUUGCCACUAAUGACCUUUUCAAGUGAUUUUGGCCAUUCUCUAAUGAAGGUAUGGUCAGUUUUUUUGUUUGUUUUGUUUUCCUGUAGUGUGGUGUGCAGAGAUGCUGCAUUCCCUUUUUACAGAGUAUAUGUGAAUUUAAGCUAUGAGACAUUCCUAAUAAUUUGAUGUGAUAUAUAUACCAAGUGUGGAUGAUGUGUGUUUUUAUUGAUGUUGUUCUUUUAAAGAGAUGAUUUGAGUACCACUGGUAUGCCAGACUGUUGAAAAUUUUGGCCAUUCCUUUCAAAAGUAAUCCUGAGCCUGUGGAAUAAUAACAGGCAAUGGCUUUAUAGGGAAGCCAUCAAGACAGUUUUCCUGAAGCCUAUGUUUUAAAGUGAGUUUAUAGUGCUAACAGAUUCCAUGUACUUUAGGAGUUCGGUAGUAAACCAAUAAGGAUUGUUUUCUUUCCUAAAAAUUUGCACACUACUGCAUCAUCUGCCAACUUUUUAGAUAACACAACAUGCAAAUACAUAUGCUUACAGAUAUAUGGUAUUUAGACUGGGGAAAAACAAUGGACAUAAGUUUUGUUUUUAAAAAGUUAACUUGUGGGAAUUCUCUGGUGGUCAGUGGUUAGGACUCGGCGCUUUCACUGCUGGGGCCCGGGUUCGAUCCCUGGUUCGGGGAACUAAGAUCCCGCAAGCCGCCAAAAAAAAAAAAAGUUAACUUGCAUGGAAGCAAGAUUUCUAUAUUGUUUUUUAAAGAAAGCCCUUAAUCUUUCUACCAAGAAUCCGUUUGAAGACAGUACUCUGGAAAUUUUUGUCAUUUAUGUAGUUACAGAAAUUUGAUUAUAAGUAUGUUCCUUUUUCAAAGAAACUGUAUAUUAGAACAAAAUAGUCUUAUGUAUACUACUUGGUCUACAUGUAAAGGGAAAAACAAGCAGUAUUUGAAAGCCCAAUUUCUGUCAUUGUCUUAUUUCAGGUACAAGUAACUGGAAAGAAACUUAACCUUUCAUGUCUCUGUUCUGUUUUUUAUCCAGUAUUUUCCUUCUAUGUGAAUUCAAUUAUAUACUUAUAAAAAAUUCUAAAAUGGCACCUUACUUUUUUGGAAAUGAAUCUUCUAUUCUUUAAAGAAAACAAAACAUAAAAAACAUUUACAAAGCUGCUCUUAAUAAUAAUUAAUGUUUGCAUAUAUAUGGAAAAUCUUAUUUUUCCCCCAAACAAUAUUUAAUAAAGUUAUUUUAAUGUUUGUGUAAAUAAUUCAUGUAUAAUUGUGAUCUGAGUUGUAAAAGCUUAAUUCUGUAUAAGUCUUUGAAGUAGAAUAAAUACUGCACACCCACUAAAUCGGGAUCUGCCAUUUAAGUUCACCUAAUGUAGUUUUGUAAUGAUAUAACAUGCAACAUGUAUAUAGUGUAUAUUGGCAUUUAGCAGUGAAAUUUUAUACAUCCAGAAGUUUCUUCUCCCUUUUAAAUUAAAAAUUAUUUUUGCCAUACUGUAAUGAAUUUUGUGUUGCAGGUUGUUGAUAGUAUAAAAACGUUAUUGAAUCUGUGUACUGAGAUGAUAUUUUUGGUGUUAAUAAGAAACACAGGGUUGUUAUUUUUCUUUCUUUUUCAUGAUCUUAUGGAUUGUAUUUAAGACCUGUUUAUAAUUAAAUGUUUUCUGCCAAAG